AUGGUGACCGCAACUACUACAGCUAUGGCUACAGGAAAUAGUACUGCGCGGGUGAUCCCGCAGGGUGGCAUUCUUGAGGGUGGAAACCCGACUACUUACGACACCAAGAAUCCUCUGGUGCUGUUCAUUAUCCAGGCAGGAAUAAUCAUCAUCCUCUGCCGUCUGAUCCACUGGCCCCUCUCCAAGAUCCGCCAGCCGCGGGUCAUCGCUGAGGUUAUCGGCGGGAUCGUGCUUGGGCCAUCGGUAAUGGGACGCAUCCCCGGCUUCACCGAGACUAUCUUCCCAACAGCCAGUAUCCCAAGUCUCAAUGUAGUCGCAAAUCUGGGUCUGGUGUUAUUCCUCUUCCUCGUCGGGCUGGAAACCGACCUCCGUUUCCUGGUCAGCAAUUGGCGCAUCGCCUUGAGCGUUUCCGCCGCGGGCAUGAUCCUUCCUUUCGGCCUUGGUUCUGCCAUCUCAUACGGUCUCUAUCAGGAGUUCCAUGAUGAUGGGAGUACCAGGCCCAUUGAAUUUGGAACAUAUUUGCUAUUCAUUGGUAUUGCCAUGGCCAUUACGGCAUUCCCUGUUCUGUGCCGUAUCCUCACCGAGUUGAAAUUGCUUUCGACACGUGUUGGUGUAAUUGUACUUUCAGCGGGUGUCGGCAAUGAUGUCGUAGGCUGGAUCCUACUGGCUCUUUGUGUUGCGCUUGUUAACGCGGGAAGCGGUAUCACGGCGUUGUAUGUGUUGCUGGUUUGUCUGGGAUACAUGCUCUUCUUGACAUUUGCCUUUCGACCGGUUUUCCUGCGCUUCCUUGAGAGAUCGGGCAGCUUGCAGAAGGGGCCUAGUCAGUCGGUUGUGGCCUUGACUUUGCUGAUUGCGCUUGCUUCUGCUUUCUUUACGCAGAUCAUUGGGGUUCAUGCUAUUUUCGGUGGCUUUGUCAUUGGAUUGAUCUGUCCUCAUGAAGGUGGUUUUGCUAUCAAGUUGACUGAAAAGAUUGAGGAUCUGGUCGCUACUCUUUUCUUGCCUCUUUAUUUCACUCUAUCUGGGUUGAGCACCAAUCUAGGAUUGCUUGACUCUGGCCUCGUUUGGGGAUAUGUGGUUGGGGUCAUUGCCAUUGCUUUCAUCGCGAAGGUCGCUGGCGGAGCUCUAGCAUCCAGGUGGUGCGGUCUGUUGUGGCGUGAGAGCUUCUCAAUUGGCGUGCUGAUGAGUUGCAAGGGUCUGGUUGAAUUGAUUGUGUUGAACAUUGGCCUCCAAGCCAAGAUCUUGAGCACUCGCACCUUCACUAUCUUUGUGGUAAUGGCUCUAGUAACGACCUUCCUCACAACACCCCUAACAACCUGGCUCUAUCCAAGCUGGUACCAAACCAAAGUAGAACGCUGGCGCCGCGGCGAAAUAGACUGGGAUGGUAAUCCCGUCCAAACAGAAACCAGAAACAACAGCAUAACCCUUGCAAAAGAGCACCUCAGGACAACACCCGUCCGCAAACUCCUCGUCUACCUCCGCCUAGACGGACUCUCAGGGAUCUGCACAUUAGCAGCCCUCCUCAGCAAAAAUCGCAGCAUCCCAACCCGCCUUCACCCAACAAAAACCCCUAAAAAAACCGACCAAACAAUCGAAGACCAAACCCCAGACACAGAACCUGAAACCGACGAAUCACUCCUCGGCGUCCACGGCGUCCGCCUCAUUGAACUAACAGAUCGUGACUCAAGCGUAAUGAAAGUUGCAGCCGCAGGCGAACACGCCCUCUGGGACCCAGUAGUCAACACCUUCCGCGCUUUUGGCGACUGGCACGAUCUUUCCCUCAUGGCCGGCGUAUCUAUCAUACCGGAAUAUUCCUACGCGGACAGUAUAGUCGACAUGGUGACAAAUGAUAACGCAGAUCUGCUCCUCCUCCCCUGGAGCGAAACAGGCACACUAGCAGACCGUCAAAACGGACUCGAAGUUGAUGCAACGAAUCGUUUCGCGAAUGGCAUCUAUACUAAUUUCGUGGCUGAUAUCUUGGACCGCGUCUCUGGGCAUGUUGGCAUCUUCCUUGAGCGUGGAUUGACUUCAACUGUGAAACGGCCGACACUUGAUCGAACCAUUAGUGGUGGUGGGAUGAGCAUCCAGAGCUCGAUAUUUGCGAGACUCCCCACGGGAAACCGGGUUCAUCAUGUCGUUUUACUUUUCUUCGGUGGUGUUGAUGAUCGCUUUGCAUUGAGGUUGUUGUUGCAGCUCGUGCGGAAUGAUCAUGUUACUGCGACUGUUAUUCAGAUGGGCGUGCUGGGGAAUGACACUAGCAAGAUGGCCAAGGCGACCGUUGCAUCUGCUUCGGAGUCGGCGAAAUCCCCUGCGUCCAUGUCGCAGUCUGAUCUCGUUUUCUUUGAAACGAUUCGUGAUUCCCUGCCUGAGGAAUUGGCUGAUCGGGUUGUAUUUUCUUCACCAGCGAUCCAGGAGUCGAUCACUGAUCCUGUUCGCAUGGCUGUUGUUGCUGUGCGGGAGGAACUGAAUCAGACGUUGAAUAAGGCGAAUAAUAUUGUUAUUGUUGGGAGGCGGAGUGGGUCGUCUGAGGUUGAGUUGACUAUUUCUGAUGAUGGCAUUGGGAAUGAUACGCGGCAGACGCUUGGUGCCUUGGGCACGGCGAUGGUUCAGCCCGAGAGUAAAAUCUUUGGUAGUACACUUGUUCUUCAGGCUGGGUCGGCGGAGUAUUACUGA